AUCGCAGUUGAUCAUCUAGCAAUACUUGAAUAUCUACUAGAUCUAAAUCUAUAUCUAUGUAGAGAUCUAAUUCUGAAGCCAUUGACACUUUAGUCAGAUCUAAAUCUAGAUAUCUAGAUCUAGUACUAUUUUUAAUUUUAAUGCAGUGGUUUAAGAAAUUAAGUCAAUUUUGAUCUACACUGACUACACUCUAGAUCUAACUUAGCUAAGUUAACUAAGUAGGCUAAGUUCAUCAAAAUGUCAAAAUCAACAAAAAGUUCAGCUGAAAGAGAGUUAAAAGCUGAAGAUGGCGGUGGUCAAGAUAGCAUGGGUGAAGGCUUGAUACUGAGAAGUCAAAUUGCAGCUGAUAAACAAGCAGAGAAUGUAAAAGAUGUUAUACAAUUUUCAGGCCCCAGUGUGUCAUUGACUGGGUAUGAGACAUUAUCCAACAGUGUUCUAGACAAAGUCAUAGAAACAAACCUCUGUUGUCUGAAAACCUUGCUACACUACGCAGGAUUUGAAAUUCUGUCAGAAUUCCCAGAGCUUGAAAUUCAAUGCCAACACUGCAAAAAGAAAGUAUUAAUCAAGGAUGAAACAGCUGAGGAAUAUGACUUGGUGAGGCCCAAAAAUAAAAUGCUCUGUAAAAAUGUCAACUGUAGCAGUGAAAGUUUCAAGAAUAUUAUCUUUAAACAUCUGCACACUUUAAACAGGACAGGGAAUCUAGAUGCUUGUGCUCUGCAAAGUGAUAGCCCAUUGAAAAGUGAUAGCCCAUUGAAAAGUGAUAGCCCAUUGAAAAGUGAUAGCUCACUGCAAAGUGAUAGCCCACUGCAAAGUGAUAACCAAAUACAAUGUGAUGGCCCACUACAAUGUGAUGGCCCACUACAAUGUGAUGGCCCAACAAAAAAUAUAAAAGACCAAGAACCACUUGACAUUUUCAAAUAUAGAGAGGUUAUGGAGUUGUGCAUAAAGUUAAUUGAUGUAAGAAAUCAGUUGAUGAAAGAAUUAUCUGACAGAGAUUCAAAGCUAAAAGAAAAAGAUUUAGAAAUUCAAGACAAGGCAUGCAAACUAGAUGAAAAGACUUCAGAAUUGGAAUGUAAAAAUGUGGAAAUAGAGAAACGUGAUAAGAAAUACUAUGACUUAGAAAAGAUUGCUAUUCCCCAAUGGCAUUCACAUAUAGAGGAGAGAGAAACUUUAAACAAGAUUAUACAAGAGCUGAAAGAAUGUAAUCUUAAGAAAGAUGAAAAGAUAAAGAACUUGGAGGAAGAUCAUUGCAGACUGCAACAAGAGUGUCAUGAACUUAAGUGUCUUGUGGAUGAGCUUCAGUCCCAUUUGGCAAAGAGGCAACAAGAAAACCAAUAUCUUCUUGGAAUGAAUAAAACUUUAGAAGAUCAGUUGAAAAACUUCAUGCCUAGUUACCUGGCAACAGACAAGAAGAAAGCUGCGCAGCAAGAUGACUUUAAAGCUGUGGAAGAGCAAAACUUUCAUCUGCCUGAAUUAGCCCAACAAACACAGGUUAAAGAGGAAGCAAUAGCGAUCAAUCAAGAAACUUGUCCUGUAGAUUCCCAAGACUUAGAUUUGUCAAGCUCAUUACAAGUAGCUCAAGAAGUAUCCUUUAGAGCUAUGUGGACUCAGAGGCACUCUAAGGAUCCCAGAAUUGAAAAUCCCAGUCUUCACCAGGAUUCGAACCCAGGACCCCCUUUCGAAACUAAUAGCAAUCAAAAUCAGCUUCAAAAUUGUACAGUAACAGAGGGACAAGCAGAAAAAAAAAAGAAAUGGAGGAGAAAAAAGAAACACAACUCCGGUCAAUCUGCUGAAAAUUCCAAACAAUUGGCUGAAAGUUCUAGUCAGUCAGCUCCAGGUCAACCUGGAAACUCUGAGUUAGAGUUUCAAACACUAAAAUUAAAAACUCAAGCUAAGAAUCCAUAAAGAUUGUACAUGCCUAGAACUAAAAAUAUCAAUCCACAAAGAUUCCAAUGGCCUAAUGCUUAUAGCCGAAAAUAUGAAUGCAUAAAGUUUUGUGAGGUCCACUGCUGAAAAAAAUAAUAUUGCCAAUGUGUUAACAUUGUUUAGAUUUUAACAUUAUGUCUAGCUUGAGCAUAUAUCAUGAUUUACUUGUGUUGUACUGAAUGAACCCAAUUUGAUCUGGAAAACCACAACUUGAGCUAUUCAUUUUGUAUUAUGAUUAUUAUUAUGAUGUAAAUAUUUUACAUAUAGAUUGUCAGUGCCAUACAGAUGUGCAUGACCUUAAAAUACACUAUUCACAAAAAUCAAAACAUUUACUGAUCAAAAUGUUUUUGACAGCCUUUAUUAUUUUUCCUAUGUAGAAUUUUUUUUAACAUAUUUAACUAAUGUUGUUAUAUAAUCUGUUCAUUCAUUGUUUUUCCUGGCUUGUUUACUUAAACCAUAGAGAUUAGUAAAUCACAGAUGAAUACAUCAUACUGUAUAUUGUACAAAUAUAUUGUUUGUCCCAAUUACAUUCCUGUGAGUUGGAGUGUUCUGGGGGAGACACUGUAGUUUUGAAGUUUAAUAAUGCCACGAUUAUUCGUAACACCUAAUAUUUAUGUACCUCUUUCGAACUUAUUUUUAAAAUACUUUUCACUGGAAAAAAAAGUGAUUAAGUUCAUUGGUGAAUGUAAAUAUCUCAAUCAAAUCUUGAAAUGUUUCUGCAUUUAUGCAAAGUUGUUUUUUCUUUGUUAGUUUUUACUUUUGUUGUCAAUUUUACAACAAAGUCACUUCUACAUAUCCAAUGUAAUAAAAGUUGUUGUGAUAUUGUAACUGUUACAGCUCUCGACUAUAUUUAUAACUCGCUAGAAACUACAGUAGUUUCGCUCUAUGCCUAGGUGUCCCUGGGUUCAGCUGUAGUUAAAUAAAACAACAUUCUGUUAAAACACAGAAACUUUAUUCUAAACUUCACGCUGGUCUCUCUUCUCUCUGACAACUAACACACUUCCAGUCAUUCUCGCAUUUGUGAAAAUAGAUGAUACCUACAUACACACAUUCAUCCUUGACGGUAACAUUGAACAUGCUUUUAACGUCAUUCUAUAUGUCUAUACUUUUCAGUUGUACAACAUUAGUUUUAAAGACAUAAGCAACUUGAAUUUUUUUAUGUUCAGAUUUGUACAUGUUAAUGUAAACCAGAAGCAAGAUGAUCUAAAUAAGCAUAUAGUGGUUUUAAAAUGUGCAGGUCAAGGACACAACACAGAGAGCAGACAUUAUUCCCCAAGAUAUGAAAUAUAGUUUGGAAUCCAUCUGUCACAGCAGACUAACUGCUGGCAGUAACCUUAGAAACUAACUCUGCCCAUUUUUUUCCAGAAGGUUCUUGUGGAAGUACUAUCUCGUCAUUUUUUGAUCACGUGAUUGGACAUGUUUUUGCUCGGGGAGCCUUUGAGCUUAACGUGUCAGUUGUAUACAGGAUUUUGUAGAGGAAGGUUGUAGAUUAGAGUUUGGAGAAUUAAUACAUUUGAUUGAAUCUAGUUUAUAACGAGCUCAAUAAGAUAUUCAGCUUGCACUAUUUCAUUUUGUACAAUAUGUAUAUGUGUGAGUGAUUCCUAGUUCCUGAAUUAAUGUUUUGUAUUUUGAAUUAAAGGAUCUUCGUUAUUUGAAUUUCUAAAGAUAUUUAGAUCUAUAAUCUAUAUAAGAAUCCCAGGAAGUUCUUUGAGUGUUUGAAUAAAGAUCAGAAAUAAAAGUCUUCAAUAAACCAAGUUCUAAAAGAGCAUUGUCUAAUUGACACAACAUCAUAGAAGCCUCAAGUCAUCUUUACAUUUUAACACUUCAAAUAAGAACACAGUGACAUAUUGACACCUCAAGAUAUCCCUGUGACACCAUCACUAUAACUGUCCUAGCCAUUGUAUCCCAUUAAAGUAUAUUCAUGUGCAAUAAUUUGAUCUAUAUGUUGCCAAUUACUGUGCCAUUUUUUUUUAUAUGCAAUAAUUAUGUGUACAAUUUUUAUUGUCUUGUGUUAUACAAUUGAUUGCAUUGUUGUUAUCAUCGUAGGGGCACAGUGGCUGUGUGGUUAAGCCUUUGGCUUCCUUACCUGGGUUCCUGGGUUUAAAUCUUGGUGAAGACUGGGAUUUGAAUUCCAGGAUUUUUUAGGGCACCCCAGGGUCCACCCAACUCUAAUGGGUACCUGACUUUAGUUGGGGAAAGUAGGGAAAGUAAAGGCGGUUGGUUGUUGUGCUGUCCACAUAAAGCCCUGCUCGUUAAUAAUUAGCUAAAGAAACCAAUGACCUUAACAUCAUCUGCCCUAUAGAUCCCAAGGUCUGAUAGAGAAACUUUACUAUCAUCAUGAAUCUUUGGUGAAAUUUUUAAGUUCUCAAACUUACAUUUUAUUUUCAUUGAAGUUUGAAGUUCAAACCAAAGAUCCAAAUAGAUUAUAUCUAGACUGAACAGGCAGCCGAUUGUUGUCUAAAUGUUAGGUUCAUAACAUUUGCAAUAGUGAAAAACAAAUGUGGACAUAACAUGUUUUGUAAACUUUCCCUCACUCUAAAGUAAUUAAUGAUCUUAACUUUUCAAGUUAUUUUUAAAUGAAAUUCCAAUAUUUUGACAUUUUACUCAAAUUUUUAGUAGCAUUUUUUUUUUAAAAUUUUUGGGCAUUUCUUCAGAAAGAAUGAUUAUGUCCAUGCCUAAACCUGUGGUGAAGAAUGAAAGAGGGCAGGAUACGAACUAGGAACCAUCAUGAUGAGCAGGCAGGCAGCCAUCUGAUUUCCAUCUAUCACUAAAACAUAUUCCUACUAUCAAUCUAUUUUUAGGCUUUGUGUAAACUUCCAUCGUAGAACAUGUGUGCUAAGAUUUUGUCUUCCUUAACUAGAGUCAUCUUUUUUUUUACUUUGAAUUGUAAUUAGUCUAGGCUAGUCAUAAAAAAAAACAUAAAUUGAUGUCUUCUACCCAGCCCUAUGUUGACUUUUGUUUGUUAUUUUAAAAUUGUGUUAAUAUUAAAUAAAAUGAGCUGUGUUUCCAAAGAAAAAACAACAUUUCAUUUUCUUUCUCCUUUCAAUGACCACAUUGCAUUACAUCCACUUGAGGAACAUGUUCAUGACAGGAUAAGAAAUAGGCUGGUAGAGCUUAUAUUUAGAAUAUACAAUCGAAUCAGGCUAAUCACAUCACAUUCUGACAUAAUUGUUUUGGUUGAAGUCACUGGCUGUUCCUAUUAACUAGAUCCAACUGUGUAAGAGUAUUUGUGUUAGUUCUCAAUACUUCUGUCCAAAUAAGCAGUAAGUCUGAUUAACCAAUGUUGCAAUUAACUGAGAUAUGGCAUGUAUGGCAGACAAAAAAAAAAGUUAUUUUGUGAUUUAUAAUUUUUUGUUAUUCUAUUAAAACAAAUUUUUAUUUA